GAAGGACCCGGGCGGCGGGGGAGCAGCGAGGUCACUACCACUUGACCCUCUCCUCCCCCCUUCCGCCACGCCCACACGCCCACGACGUACCCUCCCCGUCUUAGACUGAGCGCCGCCUACCGCCCAUCCAGCCAUGGACGCCGAGAAUAGGGUGGUCCUCAAUGUGGGCGGAAUCCGACAUGAAACGUAUAAGGCGACACUGAAGAAGAUCCCGGCCACACGCCUCUCGCGGUUGACGGAGGCCCUGGCCAACUAUGACCCAAUUCUCAACGAGGUACUUCUUGAUCGGCAUCCAGGGUUUUUUUUUGCCCAGGUGCUGAACUACUACCGCACAGGGAAGCUCCACUACCCGACGGACGUGUGCGGACCGCUCUUCGAGGAGGAGCUCGAGUUCUGGGGUCUCGACUCGAACCAAGUGGAGCCAUGUUGCUGGAUGACCUACACGGCGCAUCGAGACACCCAGGAGACCCUGGCUGUCCUCGACCGCCUCGACCUCGACACCGAUAAACCCAGCGACGAGGAGACGGCAAGGAAAUUCGGCUUCGAAGACGACUACUUCUCCGGGAACCUCUCCUGGUGGCAGAACACGAAGCCCAAGUUAUGGUCGCUGUUCGACGAGCCCUAUUCUUCACAGGCCGCCAAGGUCAUCGGAGUCAUCUCAGUGUUCUUCAUCUGUGUGUCGAUCUUGUCCUUCUGCCUGAAGACCCAUCCGGAUAUGCGAGUGCCCGUUAUCGAGAACAUUACGGUGCAGACGGCCGAGAACACGACAGCCUGGACGCUAGACAAGAAGGCCACCAAUGCGCACGAAGCCUUCUUCUACAUAGAGUGUGUCUGUAAUACGUGGUUCACCUUUGAAAUCCUGAUUCGGUUCAUAGCGUCGCCCAAUAAGUUUUUGUUUCUGAAGGCGUCCGUGAAUAUGAUAGACUUCAUCGCCACGCUGAGCUUCUACGUGGACAUCCUGCUGCAGAAGUUCGCCUCGCACCUGGAGAACGCCGACAUCCUCGAGUUCUUCAGCAUCAUACGUAUCAUGAGGUUAUUUAAGCUCACGCGGCACUCGUCGGGGCUCAAGAUCCUCAUACAGACUUUCCGAGCCUCGGCCAAGGAGCUGACGCUGCUCGUCUUCUUCCUGGUGCUGGGCAUCGUCAUCUUCGCCUCGCUCGUGUACUACGCCGAGAGGAUACAGGCCAACCCGCACAACGACUUCAACAGCAUCCCGCUCGGGCUGUGGUGGGCCCUGGUCACCAUGACCACGGUGGGCUACGGAGACAUGGCCCCCAAGACGUACGUGGGCAUGUUCGUGGGCGCGCUCUGUGCCCUGGCCGGCGUGCUCACGAUCGCCCUGCCCGUGCCCGUCAUCGUGUCCAACUUCGCCAUGUACUACAGCCACACGCAGGCGCGAGCCAAGCUGCCCAAGAAGAGGCGCCGAGUGCUGCCAGUCGAGCACGUGCGCGUUGGCCCCCCCGCGCCCGCCCCGAAGCGCGGCGGGGGGCCAAACGCCAUGAAUCGCGGUCCCGGACCAAAGAUGGUCGGCAUGGGCAUGGGUCUAUCUGUUACCUUGAACCCCAAUGGCGUAGGCUUAGAGACGGCCCUCAAGGCCCCCUUAUUAUCCCAGUCGGGGGUGGGUGGGGGUCCCACUGCCCCUCUGCAGCCACUCUUCCCCAUAGCCACCAUGGCGCAAGUGGCCCUAGCGCAGCCCACCCUGCCCACCUCUGUCCCCACUACUGUUCCUGCUCACCAACCCCCCACCAAUCCCCGCCCCCAUCAUUCACCCUCACCCCCUCCCUCCCCUACGCGGCCUCUUCUGGGGUCUUCUUCAGGCUCCCUGGGGGGAGUCCGUGGACCCGAGAGUAGCCAGAAUGCCGAAACAGCUGAGAGCAGUUCUCAGGAGCCGGAAUCUCCGGGCGGCCUCACCCCCAGCACCGUCUAGCCCCGGGCAACAGCAGCAGCGGCAGCAGAAGCAGGAAGGCGACGGGAGUGAGGAAGGCCGCGACGCCCGCCGCUUGGCCAGGUGACGCCCAGGCGCUCUGCUGCGCUGAGGGCCGACGGGGGCGUGGCAUGUCGUGAUAGUGUGGCGCACGAACAGAGUUGCCUCGUCACGGGCGACGGAGUGGAGAUAUGGCUGCCUAGAUACUCGAUGCCUGUCAAAGGACUGAGCCCGAAGGAAAGGACCUCAUAAAUGAUAAACUAACGGAGCCAGAAACAUUAGGAGAAGUGUCCCUUGUCGGGAGGGACACUGCGUGACAGACCUAUUGUACUGUGAUCCUUUGGUGUUAGUUGUAUGAUUAUUAUACAUUAUUUUCAUUAUUUUGGUGUUCUGAAGACAAUGAUACUUCGAAUGCAAAAUGCUACAGCACUGUUUGCCUGCAUGUUUGUUGACACAUAUUAGCACAAUUGUUUCCUUUUUCAUAAAGGACCAAAACUGGAGUUAGUUAUGUAAUGCUUUCAUACUUACACAAUUUCAUAUUAUAAUGACUGACACUGAAAUGUCCACAACAUCCUGUAUCAUUUUCUUUUUUUUAAAACUCAUGAUGUUCAGAGGGUGAUUCAGCAAAGAAUUGAAGUCGACGUUUUGUGGGGAAAACAAUGUUAAGAAUUCCACGAACCGUCGACUUUGCGAAAUGUUUGUUCUGCGUUGACCUCACCCUCAUCCAUUACUUUCCAUCUUUUAUUGUAUAAAAGGGAGUUCAGUCUAGCAUCAGCAGCAAUUAGUGAUUCUAAACGAGUGAAAUAUUUUGCUGAAGCAACAUGUGCAUUAUACAGUCCAUAAUAACAUUUAUAGUUAUAGGGUUGCAAAUCAUAUGAUAAUAGGAAUUAGUUCAGAUGGCAUUGUAUUUUUGCUUGUUAGUGCAAGACACUGCAAUGUGGGAGGCGGGUUUACCAUGUCAGGUGUCAGUGACAUGUAACUUGGCAUGACUAAUAAAAUUGGGUGUGGUAAUCAACAGGUAAAUCUGACAGGACCAGAUCUGUUUGUAUAAUAUAUACCUAUAUUAUUUAUAUAAGUCACGUCCCGACUGACUUCCUCAGCUGGACUGCAAUAUACGGGAUUUUACGAAUAAUAAUAAUAAAAAAGAGACGUAUCAUUUUUUUUCUCUCUCAAAAUACAUUCUCAGCUUCGGUUCUUGCUAAAUGGAUGUUGACCCGAAUGGUGCUAAUACGUUCCCACAAGGCAGUGCUUCUACUGUCUGAAAUAAGUUACAUGCAUAAUACUUAACGGUAAAGCUGUUUGAGUGCUGGAAAAAAAAUGGCGGACAUGUUUGUAAACACAAGUCAUGGCCGAGUCACCCGAGUCGAACGUUUCUGUUAUAUGGCGAGGUUGUGUGGGAUCGGGUCUUGUGCGUGCGUGGGGACAGAUAUUUACUAACACACACACACACACACACACACACACACACACACACACACACACACACACACACACCACACACACACACACAACACACACACACACACACACACACACAUGCGCAGUAGCCUAAGCACAGUUCAAGAAACAUAUCAGUGUAUUUUUCCGUCGCUUUUGCACAAACAGAUGUUAACAAUACACGCAACUGCAUCUAAACCUUCUGACCAAGAAAUGAAAACAAAGCACCCACAUGCCACAUGCUCAACCCUCAAAGAAACAUACAAACAAAACAUAAACACAAACAAAGCCAAACAGGUUAACUCCUCCAUUACCACACUGCACCCACGCGGAACAAGACCCUGCGCUGUUAUUUAUUUCCACAGGUAAUAAACUCAUGAAGAUUGUAUCAUUUUUUUGCGUAGUUUUACUCAAGUGUUUGUUAAGGCGAGAGAGACGAGAUGUUGACGAUGAUUUGUGUGAGGUAACUAAGCUAGUAGAAAAAAAAAUUGCAACUGUUAAAAAGCAUAUUGAUUAUUGCAACUAUCGCUUAUUGUAAUUAACAUCAUCACUGUAGCCAAACUAUAUUUUCACUUACCACAAAUUUUCCUGUUAGUCUCUGAUAGACACUAGGUUUGAGUUACUGAAUAUAGCGUAGAAAAACAAUGCCUAGGCUGGUCAUCAUAUGACUGUAUAGUAAUUUAACCUAAGUCACGUGUACAUAGCUCCAGGGUCAGCCAAGUUACGAUAAUUGUCAGGGUUUGCCUGCCUGGACAACUAUUAGAAUUCUCUUAUCAAAUGUUAUUUCUUUCAUUAGUACACUGAUUAUAAAGUUACUGGACACAAUUAGACUAAGUGUUCAUACAGGUGAAGCACGGCGGCUAUCUUAACCAACUGGCCCCUUAAGUGACGGCAAAAUCCAGGCUCUUGUGUCGGCCUUGGUGUCGCCACUUCAAUACACUAUCGCAUUGUUACUUAUUAUUAUCAUUAUGAUUAUUAUUCUCCAGAGAUUAGACUUAUUGAUUUUCCUCUAGAUCAGCUCGGCGGCGACUCGCGCGGUCGAACCCAGGGACACAGCGCCCGGGCCAGCUUCCGGUAGGCUCUGAACCAUCUCCGUGUAUUUUGCCUCCGAGUGAGACGGUCUUGUCUCUCGUUUCCAUCUAGAUACCAACUGUUACUGUCACCGUGGAACGACGUUUGAAUUUCUAAUAGUUGUUGAAAUUAUAUGAAUAUUUUAUCUUUGAUAUAAACGAAAAGAAAUGUAAUAUUUAUAGGAAAAGAAUAUACAGUUUAGAGCCUCUUCCCCCCCUUUCCUUGAAAAAAAAGGUAAAAAAGUAAAUCUAAGGCCUAAUGCCGGUAUUCUAGUGGAAGUCUUUGGAGCGAGCGAAGGAGGCCCGAGCUGGCUGGCUGAGGGCCCCGAUCUCGACCGCGCGGGUGGCCAUCCGGGUGCACCGCUGCCUCCCAGCCCAGAGCACGGCCAAUCAUGAACUUGCCGAAAUGCACCUUUUCAUUCGUCGGCGGUCCCUUUUCUUCACGUUACGGAGGAUGCUCUUUGAAAGGCAUGCCUGAAUUCCCCCUUCCCCCCCCCCCCAUCAUCUUACCCUAUAACCACACUAAAAGAAAAAAGAAAAAAACUUUAAUCGUCUUUUUGUAGAUGUAUAUUUAUCCCUCUCAC